AUGGCCCCGGUCGGCGGCACACCACCCAUCGUUAUAUUGGACAGCGACGAUGACAAGUUGGGAAGUGAUGUGAAAUCAGACCCUCAUCCCACGGAGGCUGAGAGAAAACGCAAGGCCGAGCCGACCUUCUCGGAAAAGGUGGAAUGGACAGAUGAAUCCGACACUGUGCCGGUCGCGAAACCAAAAAAGAAGCGCGCAAAAAGAAAAUCGGCGCCGAAGAGGAGAAGUACCGGCGCCGCACGGCCAGCAACGGACGCCGAUGAUGUUGUGCCUGAAGAUGACUGGGAGCCUGAAUUGCCCGACUACUUGAUUGAGCGGCGACAACAAUUUGACACGGACCGGAGGAAGCACCAUGAAGCUGCGCUCAUGCUUCCGCCAGACUACACUGGCAUAGAUCUUGGGGGUGAUGAUGGCAUUGAAAAUCUCAGCGAACGUCCAGUCUUCCCUCCCAGUAGUGGCAUUCGCCCAAGGAGGGCGUAUGAGGAUAUUGAGCUGCCACAGUCCGCAGGUCUUAUCCCAGCACCAAUCGCCCAGUAUCUGCGCGACUAUCAAAUUGAGGGUGUCAAAUUUUUGCAUCGCAAAUUUGUCUACCAAGAGGGUGGCAUUCUCGGUGAUGACAUGGGCCUCGGCAAAACCGUCCAAGUUGUCGCCUUCUUGACCGCCGCAUUCGGAAAAACUGGUGAUGAGCGAGACAAGCGAAGGCUGCGACAAAUGCGCUGGUAUAGCACAGACAGGUGGUACCCUCGUAUUCUCAUCAUUUGCCCCGGUUCGCUCCUGGUGAACUGGAAGAAUGAAUUAGACCGUUGGGGCUGGUGGCAAGCCGAAAUAUACCACGGACCCAACAAAGACGACGUUCUUGGGACAAUGAGGGCGGGCAUGUCAGAAAUCAUGAUUACCACCUACGACACCUACAAGAACAGUCGCAGCGCUGUCAAUAUGGUCCAGUGGGAUGCCGUCAUCGCCGAUGAGUGCCACAAACUCAAGGGACACAGGUCGGAGACGACCAAGGCAAUGAAUGAGAUCAAUGCGCUCUGCCGCAUUGGGCUGACUGGCACGGCCAUUCAAAAUAAGUACGAAGAGCUUUGGACGCUGUUGGACUGGACCAACCCAGGCAACUUCGGUACCCGAACAGAAUGGAGCCAGACAAUCAGCAAGCCGCUCACCGUCGGCCAAUCUCACGAGGCGACCUUGGCUCAACUGAGCCUGGCCAGACAGACAGCCCAGAAGCUCGUGAAGAACGUACUACCCCGCUACUUUCUCCGACGAAUGAAGAGCCUCAUUGCCGACCAGCUGCCCAAAAAGACGGACCGCGUCGUCUUCUGUCCGCUGACCGACCUGCAAAAACAGGCGUACGACAACUUUCUCGAGAGCGAUGACGUCUCGGUGAUACGCAACAUUUCGGAGCCGUGCCCGCACGACAAGAAGCUCGGCUGGUGCUGCAGGCGAUAUAUCAGCAACGGCCGGACCUGGCAGAGCGCCGUGUUCCCCAGCAUGAUGUCGCUGCAAAAGCUCUCCAACCACAUGACGCUCCUCGUGCCGUCGGCGACGGACCUGGACGUCAAGCAAAACUCGGAGCUGCACACGCUCCAGGUUUGUGUGCCGGACAAAUGGCAGAGCCUGUACGCGCAGCGCGACCAGAUUGGCAAUCUCGUUAACCCCGAGUUUUGCGGCAAGUGGAAGGUCAUGAAGAAGCUGCUCAAGUUUUGGCACAGCAAUGGUGAUAAGGUGCUCGUCUUUUCUCACAGCGUCCGUCUGCUACGGAUUCUGCAGCAUCUCUUUACAAACACGAGCUACACAGUGAGCUAUCUGGAUGGUAGCUUGAGCUACGAGCAGCGACAGGAAGUCGUCGACACGUUCAAUUCCGACCCGACGCAGUUUGUCUUUCUUAUCUCGACCAGAGCGGGCGGCGUCGGCCUCAACAUUACCUCAGCCAACAAGGUUGUCAUUGUUGACCCGCACUGGAAUCCCUCCUUCGACCUUCAGGCACAAGAUAGAGCGUACCGUAUCGGCCAGGUUCGCGAUGUUGAAGUAUUUCGGCUAAUCUCGCUCGGCACUGUUGAGGAAAUCGUCUACGCACGCCAAGUCUACAAGCAGCAACAGGCCAAUAUUGGCUACACUGCGUCAUCAGAACGUCGCUACUUCCGCGGCGUCCAGCAGGAUGCAGAUCGCAAGGGCGAAAUCUUUGGUCUGUCCAACAUUUUCACGUUUCACAGUGAUAGCGGCCUGCUACGUGACAUUGUCAACAAGACCAACAUUGCAGAAGCUAAAGUCGGCGUAACCUUGGCAGACGUCAACCUGGACCAAGCGACCAAAGACGGCGACGAUCUUGUCUCUGUCAAAGCCGAACAUGGCGACGACGACAAUGGCGUCGGUCAGCUCGCGGCCCUUCUCACGGCAGAGAACCAGAAGCCCAAGCCAGAUGGUCAACCGGCGACACCGCGUAAGAGCGAUGCGAUCCAGGCCAUUCUCGCUUCGGCCGGGGUCGAGUACACGCACGACAAUGCCGAGGUCAUCGGCACCUCCAAGGUUGAGGAGCAGCUCUCGCGGCGUGCCGCCAUGGCCUCGCGGGGGGCCGACGACGCGCUGGACCAGAGCGCCCUGUUCGCCGGCAGCCAAGAUGACAUUCAAGACCUGGAUGCGCUGCACAGCGUGUACAAUCCGCCAGAGGACGUCCGCCUGCGGCAGUUUUGCGAAAUGGCGCGCGAGUUUGGCUUUGCCAAUGCGCAGGACUUUGCGCUCGUCGUCGAGGGGUGGACGCAGGAGGCGCGGCGCAACUGCCUGGAUGCCUUUUACAAGAGGCGCCAGGAGAAGAUUGCGCGGGAGACGGAGAGGAGGAUGGACGAGGAGGAGGAUCGGGUUAAGAAGCAAGAGUUUGAUGAGGGAUCCAUCUGGCAGAGUGUCGAGGUGAAGAAUGAGGUCAAGGCAGAACCGGGGGUGAAGGGAGAGUCUGUGAAGCACGAAGUCAAGGAUGAAGUCAAGGAUGAAGUCAAGGAUGAAGUCAAGGAUGAAGUCAAGGAUGAAGUCAAGGAUAAAGCCAAAGAUGAAGUCAAGUACGAGGUUAAGGGUGAGGUUAAGCCUGAGGUCAAGUCUGAGGUCAAGUCUGGGGUCAAGUCUGAGGUCAGGCCCGAGAUCACAGACCAGGUCAAACGCGAGGUCAAACACGAGGUCAAGGGCAAAGUCAAACACGAGGCAAAGUUGGAACCCAGCGUUGUCAAGCGUGAGACUCAUGCAAAGACAGAAGCAGAAGAUGUCAAGAUGGUAGACGUCGAGGCCGAGGGCGGGAGCAAGAGGGUAUCCAUCUUUCUGAUUAGCGAUGAUGACGAUGACGAGCUUUAA